CAGGGCUCGCGCACACAGGGAUGCUCGGCGAGCGCGUCUAGCAGGAAAUGGCGCGGCUGUGCGCGGGAUGGCGCCGCUGGCUCCGGCCGCUCGUCGUGACGGUGUACGCGCUGCUCGUGGCCGUGGCGUUGCCGCUGGCCGUGUGGCAGCUCCAGAAAGCCGAGGCUGGAACACACACUAAGGCGUGGUUCAUCGCAGGCGUGUUUGUGUUUUUAACCAUUCCCAUCUCUCUAUGGGGCAUUCUGCAGCAUCUUGUGCACUACACCCAACCUGAGCUACAGAAGCCUAUCAUCAGAAUAUUAUGGAUGGUGCCAAUUUACAGCUUAGACAGUUGGAUCGCUCUAAAGUACCCCAGUAUAGCCAUCUAUGUGGACACAUGUCGCGAGUGUUACGAGGCCUAUGUCAUCUAUAACUUCCUGAUGUUCCUCCUGAACUUCCUGGAGACGCAGUACCCGAACCUGGCGCUUAUUCUAGAGGCUCAGGAACAGCGCUCGCUUCUUCCACCAUUCUGCUGCUGUCCACCAUGGGCCAUGGGAGAGGUUCUUCUGUUCAGGUGUAAACUGGGAGUUCUGCAGUACACUGUCGUCAGACCUGUCACUACUGUCAUAGCGCUUGUGUGUCAGUUGUUUGAAGUCUAUGAUGAGGGAAACUUCAGCUUCAGGAACGCCUGGACGUACCUCGUCAUCGUCAACAACGCCUCCCAGCUGUUUGCCAUGUACUGCCUGCUGCUGUUCUACCGCACUCUGAAGGAAGAGCUGAGCCCGCUUAAACCCGUCGGGAAGUUCCUCUGUGUCAAAAUGGUGGUGUUUGCCUCGUUUUGGCAGGCUGUGUUUAUUGCCUUUCUGGUGAAGGUUGGAGUCAUCUCUCAGAAGCACACAUGGGAGUGGGAGAGCGUGGAGGCAGUAGCUACAGGGUUACAGGAUUUUGUGAUUUGUAUAGAAAUGUUCUUGGCCGCCAUCGCGCAUCACUACAGCUUCAGUUACCGUCCCUAUGUGCGUGAGGAUGAUGAAGGCUCCUGCUUCGACUCCUUUCUCGCCAUGCUGGACUUCUCUGAUAUACAGGCGGACAUUUCUGAGCAAGUCCGCAACGUGGGGCGCACGGUGCUUGGACGUCCCCGUAAGCUGUUCUUUGGCUCUGAAGUGGACAUCGUGCAGGGCGAACACACCGGCCUUCUCUCUGGGGCGUCUCACGAGCGACUAGGUGUCGACCCUCUCUCUGUCCCCGCCUCCCCUAAGGGGCAGUACCAGGGCCUUGGCCAAACAGACACACCUCGCUCUCGCUCCGCCCCUACUGGCUUUAAUCCCUCCUCCUGGACAAGUGACAGCUGCUUAGUUCCUGCACCUACCACUCAGAAUACAGGUGUUAAGUCAUAAUUGUAAUCUAUAGAUGAAAAACACACACCCAACACACACACACACACACAUACAUACAUACAGAGCAGAUGCUAAACAUAUUAACAAGCUAUAAAUGCAAUCAAUGCACAAUUAAACAUGGCUACGAGGUGAAAGCGAGCUGUUCUUAUAAAGGUUUUAGUGUUUUUGACAUUAUAUUGUGAUUGCGGUGUUCAGACAUAUGAUUGUGUACCUGCGUGCGCGGUAGUGCAGUGCUGUUUAAUAUGGUUUGCUUUGUAAAAGUUAAUGUUGAACUUAAGUGCACUGAUGGUGUUAUAUUAUCUCCUGAAUCAAAUGACAGGGUUGCGGUUUGUACUU